AGUUUAGUAUGCAGUUUUAUUCGGUCUUUGAACUGUAGUAUUUUCAUUUUAACGAAAAAACGUUGACAGAACACAAAUUGUAAGAUGUCUUUCUCCUGAAUUUUUUCAAGACAAGUUUAUACAUGAAAAUUUUUCAUGAAACAUUGAAAUUUUUCGACAACUUUUCUCAACAACUAAGUGGCAAGCUUGACAUUUGCGUCAUAACCUAUAUUCAAUGCAUUGAAGCUAGUAGUGUCGAUCGUUGAAAAUCGUUGUGCGUUACGAACGUAAUUCGCUCUACAGUUGCUUGGGGUAUUUUUUAAUAACUUACUCACUUUAUAAAGAUCAUUAGUGAAUAAUUCAAUAGUGAUAAAAGAGCUGUGGCUCUAACGUUACGAGACAUGCAGUAUUUUCUAUAACGAACUUUUAUUUCAAACACUUAAACUUUUUAUCUCGUAACGAAUAAAAUUCGGUCAGUUAUUAUUUUUUAUUUAUAAUUUAUAGUAGUUGACCGCGGCAGUUCCUUGUUUGUGAUUCUUGGUAACAUACUUUGUUUCCGUAAAUAAUAAAAAUACCAUGUUUGACACUUGUUGCAUAUAAUCACGACAAGUGUGAAGCACGUGUUGCGAAAACCAUUAAAAGUUAUCAGUUAUUUAUUUACCUGUGAAUUGUAAUUAGUGAAUUGUUUGUUUGUUAAUUUUGCUUUGAAAGUUCCAAAUUCUUUGAAAAAUAUUUUCAAGUGUGAGUGUUUAUGAAACCUUCUAGCAUUGUAAAAAUAGAUACAGAUAAAUGAUAAUAAAAUGAAUUUGGUUCAUCUAAAUAAUAACAACGUUCGAUCUAACAAAAAUCCUAUGGCAUCUCACUAUCACGAUAAACUUAAAGUUGACACCCCUGUAGGAUUGACCAUUUAUGAUGAUUACUGUUUUGUUGAAAAAUUUGAUUGUGAUGGGAAUAUGGAUGACAGAGAGGCUAAGAUGAGCGGAAAAGCUAGAGUUCUUGUACAAAAGCUUCCUGAUUCUAUAGUGCAACAAUACCUUGCAAAGAAAGAAAAAAAUCAAGAGAAAAUGAAUUGUGAAAGAAAGUUAUUCAAUUCAAAUAUAGAAAAUGUUAAAUACAAAAAUGAAGAAAUCUCUCUUUCAAAUCAAUCUUUAAACAAAAAAAAGAAUUUCGAGAAUGAUAAAUUUGCAAGAGAACUUUCCAAACCUAUGAUGCAACAGUAUCUUGCAAAUACAGAAAUGGGUUGUCUCACUGCGGAUUUUGAAGACACUACUUCUGAUCUUCCAAAGUACCCAGUUAGAUCAGAUAAUUGUACUACCGAUAGCUUAAUAAAAAAUCUUUCUGGUAAUGUUGAUAUACAACAUCCAAUUCAGAUGAAAACAACGACUUAUCAAGAUCAAUUUAUAAAGAGUUUAUUUUCUUCAACUUUGAACCAAUUUAGUGAUCUCUCCUAUUCAAGAAUACAGGAAUGUAAUGAGAAUAUAGAAAAAGCAAAUGAUGCAGCCAAAGAAAAUUCCUUCAAAAAGCAAAAUAAUUACAAAAAGGGAAAUUUUGUUCAUGGUAGAAGAUCCAAAAAAAAUAAAACUACUAAUUUAUGUAAAAGAAUUUGUCUGUCUUGUCGUAAAUAUGUGCAAAAAAUUCAUAAAAGUAGUGAUGAAGUAUGGUGCGAUACCUGUAAGGCAUUGACAUUUUUUCAAUGCAACGCAUGUAGAAAGAUUGCCAAAACUUACAGUGCAAUCACAGAUCAUUUAUUGUAUCGUUGUGAUGCACGAGAUUCAUAUAAGUGUGCACAUUGCAAAUAUAUUGUGAAGAAGAAGCAAAUAUUAGCUUAUCACAUAACGAGAAAUCAUAAAGAAUUAAUUACCAAAAAAAGUAAUAGAAAUAUUAAAAAACUUAAUAAUAUAUUGAAUCAAGAUUCAGAAUAUAAGAAACGAUUUGAAAACUUAAUUGUUUUGAAAAAGAAAAGAGUAAUCCAAAGCAACACUGAAUGGGUCAUUAAGAAUGUAAGACGACGUGACUUGGGAGUCAAUAAAUAUGUAGAUUCACUUAUAUCGCCAAAGACCAUUUUUAACCAACCAAUCCAAAAGUCAACCACUUUAAACAACAAUGCAGAAAAAGUGGUUCAGUCAUGUAAAUUAUAUUGCAAGCAUUGCGACAAACAAAUCGAAAAUGGUAGUAUCAAUACACAAACUGAGACUUAUUGUCACACUUGUGGAACAGAUGUUCGAUACAAAUGCUUGAAAUGUCACAGCACUUUUGAAUCAUUUACCAUUAUGGAGGAUCAUUCAAGGAAAUUUUGUCCUUUUAAAAAGGAUAGUAGAGAAUACUAUCAUUGUUCACAAUGCAAUUACAAAAGUAUCCUUCAAGGAAUAGUUACAAAUCAUCAAGAGAAAGUACAUGGUUUGUCAUAACAAUUCACUUCUGAUAAAGUAACUUUUAUUUCAAGUCAAAUUAUCAUAGAGUAGAUUUUAAGAUAUGUAAUGUAGAUUUGGAAUAUGUGUCUUUUACUUUUUGUACCAAUUUAUAUGCCAAAAUCAUAUUACCAAAUAAUAUAUAUAAUUUAGAGUUUUGCUUAUCAGAUGUAAACAUAAAAUGUAAGAUUUAUCAAAGUGAUCUGGCAACAUUUGAGAUUGAGAUCAAGUAUUAUUCUUGUUGACUCAUAAUAUAUUUCAUCUGUUUUACUUAAUUAAUCAAACCGUUUAACAUAUUAAUUAAUGAGUGCUAAAUUAAACUAAUAAGUAUCUUAUCACUUCCAUUAUUGAUAGGAUAACUUUAAUUACAUUUAGAAGAUAAUUAUUGUACAGGUAUCAAAAUAAGGUAACCUCUAAAAGAUAAUUAUUGUGCAGGUAUCGAAAUACGAUAACCUAUCAAUAUUAAUUUUAUAUUUUCAACAUUAGAUGUGUUGGCUAUUAAUGAUUCUAUUUUCGUUUAUUUUUCUAAUUUUUCUUGAUAAAUUUUAUAUAAUUUUUAAUACUUUUCUUCAUAAAUGUUGGUGUUCUAACCUACAGAAUAAUAAAUAUUUCAUUUAAAACCAUGUACGAAAUAAUGUAGUGAACAAUGAAUCUUGCACAUUCCUUGCAGUUUUUUUCACUCAAAAUCACUUUCAGUGUCAUUCUUCAGAUAUACUUUUUGGAGUAAACUCACGCCUGUAUCUCUGACUCCUUACAUCCAGCAUCCAUUUUGCGAUUCUUUGUUUCUCAAUAAUUCAAGGAUAUGAAUAGAUUUUUCACAUUAUCAGAUACUUUUUAACCGGAUUUUUACAUAGCUGUGAAUAAAUAUAAUGCUUUUUUGUUCAGUAUACAUUAUGUUAUUUUUUUCUUUAUUAUGACUGGAAACUUUUAAUACAAUUGUAGACAUUAUAAAAUAGCUAUAUUUCUUUAGUAGCACCUUGUAAUUGAAUGUCAGAAUCAAUAAAAAGGGUAGCUAGUUCUUUUAAAACAUUUGAUAUUAUAGAUUUUAGUUUGUUAUUUACAUGAAACUUUUUGUUGUAAAUUUAAGUGAAUGGAAGAACUGUAACUAUCAAUAAUAUUAGUGCUAUCUUCUUUUUCAUAUAUAACAGAUAUUUUUGUAUUAUUCGUUAUUUUUUAUUGUUUAUUUGAGUAAAAAUUUAUAAUUUAUCACUUUAUCACAUAUCAUAUUAAUUAAUCAUUUUAUCACUAAGUGUUCAGUACAUUGUUAUUUACUUAGUUGCCACACUUUGAAAACUGAUUUAGUAAAGUUAAACCUUUCCUAAAUUUUCCCACAUUGUGUAGUUUGGUAUUUAAAUCACACAUUGAAAUUUCCGACUGAAUAUAAAGUGUUAUUUGUUAUAUACACGUGUCCAAAAGAUUUCGAAUCCUAAUAUGUCUUAAAUAAAUUUUAGAAAAAUCUGUCGAUUUCAUACAAAAACAACCAAUUAAAUAAUUCUGUUGAUAUUGUUAAUUUCUGAAAGGGACUUAAUCAAACGUACAGUAAUAGUAGUGAACAAAUAUCGUCAUUUAUUGGAUUUACCAAAUUUUAAUUUAUUACAAAUUGUUAAAUAGUCGUUCAAAUUUAGUCGAUUUAAUACAAUUGGGUUAUGUCAUUAUAAUUAAUAGUACAUUACGAUACAAGUGCAGGAAAGUAGAUUCUUGUCUCGUGUACCUUUCCACCCUCGCUUCGCUCGGGCGUAAACGCCACAUGAGACAAGAAUCUACUUUCCCGCACUUGUAUCGUAAUGUACUAUUAUGCGAAUUUAUAGAAAUAAAUCUAGCAUUGUCAUUCUUAGAAUGUUUUUUAAAUAAUCAUAAACAACUCACUACACUAUAUGCUUACAUUUACGAUGUGGCAACUAAUACCACUACCUUUUAGAGCGACUGCUAACAAAUAACUAUAUAAAUGCAUUUUUUUAUUAAAAAUCGUACAUAGAUAAUAAUUUUUUGUCAAUUCAGAUAAGAUAACGUGAAUUAAUUAAACGUUAUUUCCGAAGAUUUUUGAGGUAUGUAAAAGUUAAGCAGCCUUGAUUAGUUUCAUCGAAUUCGAUAAGAUAAACCAUAAAAAAUUGUUAUAAUUCACGUGUAAAAAUCUAAAAUAUUUUACAUAUAAGCCAAAUAAUGAUAAUAAAUUAAUAUGUAAUUGUUUUUUAA